AUGCAAGCUCUUGGGCUAGGAUCGGCCAAAUCAACAAAGACGGAAACUGUGGCCAAUGGAGCAUCUCCAUCAGAUCAAGCAGCGCCAUCUGUCAUACAAAAACCCGUAGAACCUUUGGCCAAAAUCCCUGCAUCGAAACGCAUCAAUGUUUUAGAAGAAUAUGCCAAGCGAUCCAUGGGCAAACCUUUGACAACAAUUUGCAUCAUUGGUCAUGUCGAUUCUGGAAAAUCCACCAUAGUAGGACAUCUCAUGUAUCAACUUGGAGAAAUCAACCAUCGAACAAUGCACAAAUAUGAACGUGAUUCUCAGAAAAUUGGCAAAGGAUCGUUUGCAUUUGCUUGGGUUAUGGAUGAAACCGAGGAAGAAAGAGCGCGUGGAAUUACGAUGGACAUUGCGACGAACGGUUUUGAAACAGAGCAUCACAAGUUUACGGUCUUGGAUGCUCCCGGUCAUCGCGAUUUUAUCCCCAAUAUGAUCUCGGGAACGGCACAAGCUGACGCUGCAGUUCUAGUUGCAGAUGCAACCACAGGAAGUUUCGAAGCUGGGUUCGAUGCUCACGGUCAGACAAAAGAACACGCCUUGUUAGCAAGAAGUUUAGGUGUUCAACAGCUGGUCAUCGCGGUGAAUAAGCUGGAUGCGAUGAACUGGGAUCAAGCUCGAUUCGAAGAGAUUGUUCAGAGGCUCACUGCUUUCCUGGUACAAGCCGGUUUCCGGAAAAACAAACUGACCUUUGUCCCUGUUUCUGGUUUGACAGGCGAAAACUUGACCUCGCGAAGCACUAUGGCCGAGCUCACGGCAUGGUACAAAGGCCCUAGUUUAUUAGAGGCUAUCGAUGCUUUUGAGACGCCUACACGACUUGUAGACAGACCUUUCCGUAUGGGCGUCACCGACUUUUUCAAAGGCGGUAUUGGAAGCAGUGGCGGCGUCUCUGUAGCAGGAUCGAUAGAUUCGGGCCAUCUUCAAGUGGGAGAACAAGUGAUGGUGGUUCCCGGAAAUGAAAUUGGUGCUGUAAAAGCCAUGCAAGUCAAUGAUGAAGUAGUCAAUUGGGGUGUAGCAGGGGAUUCCAUCCUCAUGACCUUAAGUAACCUGGAUAUUCUUAAUCUGAGCAACGGCUGCGUUCUGUGUUCGCCUCAGCAUCCUGUGCCAGUGACAAGUUCAUUUAUUGCACAAAUUGUCGUGUUUGACAUAAAAGUGCCUAUUACUUCCGGAUUCUCAGUGGUGCUCCACCAUCAAAGCGCCGAUGAGCCGGCAAUUAUUUCGAAGCUGCUCAUGACCUUGGACAAGUCAACGGGCGAGAUGAUCAAAAAGAAUCCACGACAUUUGUCUAAAGGUGCCACCGCGAAAGUGAGAAUUAACAUGCCAUUACGGCCGAUUCCUUUGGAGACCUUCAAAGACAACAAAAAUCUUGGCCGUGUCAUGCUCCGACGAGAAGGAGAAACAGUAGCAGCAGGCAUUGUGACAGAGGUAACUUGA